CAGGAAAAGUUGGAAGUUUGGGGGGUUGAGUCACCGGCUCAGCCCUCGCUCGGGACAGGAGCAGCCGGAGCCGGAGCCGGAGCCGGAGCCGGCGAUGGAGACUCGGGGGAAGCUCGCCCUGGUGCUGCUGGUGCUGCUGGGGGGCGCCUGGGGCGAGCCGGCCGCAGGUCCCUCCUGCCCAGGGGGCCAGUCCUGGAGCCCCGACCUGGACAAGUGCAUGGACUGCACCAUCUGCCUCCACCGCACCAAAAACGAUUUCUGCGCCACAUGUGGCGAGCCCCAGCCCCAGGACUCCCGGCUGUGGCUGGCCGUGGGGGGCACCGUGGGGGGAGUCGCUGUGCUCGGCCUUGUGGGGGGGGCACUGCUAUGGGCCCGCUGCCGCAAGAGGGAGAAAUUCACCACCCCCAUAGAAGAGACUGGAGGCCACUCGGGCGAAGAGUCGCUGAUAGAUUGAUGGUGACGUAUCUGGUCUGGGCACCCGUGGGGCGGAAUUGGAGACACUAACCCUCGGAUCGCCAUAGAAGCCCCAUCUGCAGCCUUUGACCAACAUCCCCCCGAACCCUGAUUUUCACCACUCCCCAAAAAGGACUCUUGGAAUCAGGAGGGGAUGUUCUAUUUUGCACAGCUUCAGGGGGGUUCUGGAGACCCCCAAGUCUUCCCCUCACACCAUGUUACUAGAAAAAAUUGGAGGGUGUCUGCUUGAAAUACUGCCCCCCCCAGUCUCUGAGAUGGGGGGCUGGGGUUUUCCCCAAUGCCCCAUAUUGGGGCCUCUCCAGAAGCAUUGCAAAUUUGCACUUCCCCGGCUUAGGAAGGGGGGAAUCUCUCAGAUUACAAGGGAUCCUCCCUGUGACCCAAAACCUCAGAUCUUCGGCUGCUGUAGAAGAAUCUGGGGUCCCUUUAGGAGUACCCCAGGGGGAGACUUGGGGUCCACUAGAGGCAGUCUAGGGUACCUUUAAAUCUUGAGAACUGCCCCCCCAGAUCGGUGCCCCCCAAAAUCAGACACACUCUAUUCCAGACCCAAUAACACCAAGGAACUUUUUAACCUCAGGGUGGGGGGGUCAACCAAUGGUACCUCAAAACCUGGGGGGGCACAAAUCCAAAGGGGUCAGUAUUGCGGGGGAGUGGGCAUUUACCCCCUCCACUCUAUUCCCCCUGCCCCUCCUGUGUCCCCCCCCAACAUCCUCCUUUUCCCCAACCCCAGAAAUACCAGCCUGUGGCCUGGGAUGUGAGUGAAUUAUCUGUAUAUAGGGACAGUGUAACUGAUGGAGAAAAGUUAAAUUCUCAAAGCUGGGUCUGGGAGCCAGGACUCCUGGGUUCUCUCCCCAGCUCUGGGAGGGGAGUGGGGGCUGGUGGGUUAGAGC